CCAAAUGGACUGUCAUUGGCGUUUUGUCGAAGACCGUUUAUUUCAUAUCUACCAAUGUUUCUAUCAACAACUUCUGUUUAUCUACAACAUGUCGGACCAAACUCGAAAAAGGAAAUCAGAAAGCGUGGACGAGACUCCUCUCAAAUCGAAUACAUCUAGUGAGACGGACGGGGUGCGUCAUGGUAGCUACCAUCAAUAUUACGAGUUUCGCAGCGAAGACAGCCGGCCGAAGUACAUCGAAAAAUGUCUUCCUGAGCUCUUGAAGUUGAUUGAUAAACACCAGGAGGGAAAGGACAUCUACCUGCUUGACGUCGGUUGCAAUAGCGGAAAGCUGACCCGCGAACUUUUUGAAAAACUGAAAAACGUUUGUCCAGAGCAGCAAAUACAAGUCCUCGGAGUUGAUAUCGAUCAAGAGCUUGUAGAAAAAGCCACCGCCGAUCAUGGAUCGCAAUUUUUGGAGUUCGCACACGCGGACAUCAGCGAGGUGUCUUCUAGCAAAGAAACGAACCAAAUUGAGAGAUACAUGCUCAAGAAGGACAUCAAACGAUUUGACUUCCUGUGUUGCUUUUCCGUUUUGAUGUACAUCCAUUUGAAUCACGGUGACGAUGGUCUGAUGCGGGUACUGGAUUAUGUCUGCUCGCAUACGGAACUGUUGGUGCUUGAGCUGCAAGGUUGGAAAAAGUAUCGGGAUCAUGCUCGCAGGAUGCGAAAACUCGGUGCUGGAGAGUAUGACCAUUACAGUCAGCUGACGUGGAAGGGUAGCAAUGGAUUCCUGGAGGAACAGAUAAGCGAUUAUGUAGUUUCUAGGGGAUUUACUGUUAUCAGUAACACAGAAGAGAAGAACGAAUUCAACAGGGAUGUGGUGAUCUAUGCACGGAAUAAAAGUUGAUAAAAUUACCUUUUUGGGAUAAGUAAA